GAAUGACUUCGGAUCGAUUCAGGUCAAAUCGUAUGAUCGUUACAACGAUUAGAAAAUUAAUGUCGAUCAAUUAAGCAAUGCGAGUUUUAGUCUAAUUAUGUGAACGAUAGAGUGCGAACUGGGUUAAGAAUAUUACUCAGCGGAACGUAUAUAAACAACAGCAACUUCACCUUGAUAAGAGGUUUAUGUUCGGUGAAUAAAAUUGUGAAUUUCAAUCUUUUUUUUUCUCACAACCGAUCGAACCGAUGUGGUAUAUCGCAUUUAUUGUCUUCCUAUGGGCUGGUGUUGACUCAGUUGAACGGAACGCACCGUUGGAAUACUCUUUGUUGGAACAACAACACAAUGUUAAAUAUUUAACGUACAGUAAAGAAGACCCAAAGAAUCCGACAGACAUUCGAGACGUGCGUUUCGAUGAUAAUAAUCAAACGACUGUGUUUAUCAUUCACGGUUAUUCGACAAAUUCACUAGAUGGGCCAGUAAAUUUGGUGGAGGACAUUUUCCAACACAAUCCAACUGUGUCUAGAGUGGUAGUCGUGUCAUGGAUAGAUUAUGCUUGUGCUAUUCCAACCGUUGCAGGAGAAUGCAAUAGUGUUGGUUCUGGUUAUUACCAAGUGGCCACACUGCAUGUUCCGACUAUGGCUGCUGAUCUCAAUGAAAAGUUGAUGUACGUUCGUAGAAAAGGUGCCGGAACAGUGGAGUUGAUAGGCCACUGCAUUGGAGCUCAUGUAGCAGGGCAAGCAGGAAAGCUAUUCAAAAGAUUCACAGGAACGAACAUUGACAAAAUAAUUGGCCUCGAUCCAGCCGGUUUAUACUGGUCUACACAUCUAAAUGAGGCACUACAAAUGGGCAUCGCAAACGAUCUGUUGGUAUUUCAUACCAACAUGGCCAAAUAUGGUUUUCCAGCCAGAAUUAGUCCGUACGAUAAACUAGUAAACGGCGGUCAAACGCAACCGAGUUGUAAAAACAAACUAACCGAAGAUAUUUGCUCGCACAACGAAGCGUGGCAGAUGUAUUCGAAAUAUGUGAAAAAUGGCAGUGUUCCUUCCAAUGAAAUUCCUGCCACUCAACCAUACGUUCUAUGCGUGGACAUAUCGGAAAGUAUGCGUAACAAUAAUCGAUUAACGAUUGCAGUAGAUGCAUCUAAGCAACUAAUUUCUAAUAUGGUAACUGGCACGCAUGUGGGAGUGGUAACAUUUAAUCACAAUGCUGUUGCUGUACAUGACAUCGUCCAGAUCGAAGGAUCAGCUGAAAGAAAUUCCUUAACGUCACCACUACCGAAAGUAGCAAAAGGAUCCACGUCUAUCGGUGCUGGAUUGCGGAUGUCCAUGGAGUUGAUAAAGAAAUUGAUUCCAGACGACAAUGGCGAAUUGUGCUCGACGAUUGUUCUAAUUUCCGAUGGCGAACAAACCUCGGGGGAAGGACCAUACGAUGUGUUGCCGGAAAUUCAGAAUUCAUGCAUUACAAUCAAUUCAAUUGGAUUGGGAGCAGAUGCUUCACAAGAUUUGGAAAACAUUAGUGCUGAAACAGCCGGUCAGGUGUACUACGUCAUUGAAGGUGGAUCGGAUGCACAAAUGGCAGACACAAUACGAGCUGUAACAGCUUCGUAUGAAAGUGAAUUAGAUGCCGACGAUCGGCCCAUUCAUUUCCCGACCAGUGAGAUCGAGCUCGCUGAUGGUGAUGUUGAUGUGCCUUUUGAAAUUGAAGAUAAUAUUGGUAAAGAUACCGAGAUCGAUCUUAUAAGCGAUGAUAUUGACGAUAUUGAUAUGACGUUAACAUCGCCCAGUGGACAAGAGUACACACCGGAGAGUCCAGAAUUUUCGUCGUCUUUGAUGAGAAAAUUUUACAACAUCGGACUACUUGAACCCGGGCAUUACAAUUUGACGGUAAACAAGAGUGGGAAAAGUCGAAGAUCUGUACGAAGCGCAACGAAGGCAAUUCUAAUGAUUAAAUCUAAUGAAGUGGAUAAAAGAAAUCCUGUCGUCCGACUAGAUGCUAGUGUGUCCAGUAGAGUUCUCAAAUAUCCCAAAAAAUUGAAUAUUUUCGCCGAAGUUCGAGUUGAUAAAUACCCAAUUAUUCAUGCCGAUGUGUACGCCGAUAUCAAAGGUCUGAAUCAAGAAAUUAUUCGCCUAAAAUUGUCUGAUAACGGAGUAUCCCCUGACCGUCUCGCGAAUGAUGGUGUAUACACAGCCAGCAUCAUAAAGCUGCCCAAAGUCGAGCGAUACUCGGUAACAGUAGUAGCUACAUCAAACGGCACCGCCGAAAUCGUCAUGAGGGAAGUCAAUUACUUUUUGAGGCAAAACAGCGAGUGUAGGUGGCCUGUUUGUAGAAGACAAAGGGUGAGACCAUUCCGAAGAGAGACUGAUGUGGGUUCCAUAAAAUUAUUUUCGAAAGACGGUGAAGAGGAAAUCCCACCCAGCCCUAUUUUGGAUUUACGUGCAAUGGUCCCAUACGAUGACCAACAGAUAGUGAUUUUGGAAUGGAGUUGCCCGGCUGGCAACAUGAUAUUCAAUAUGGGAAUCAAACACUAUGACAUCAGAGUAUUGAUCGGAGACGAGCCAUUUGAAAAUGCAUAUCAGCUGAACGAAUCACAUAUCGUGAAUUUGACAUCAGUAGGAAAUUGCACGGAUGGUGGAAUAGAACGAUUUUCCGUUAACAUCCCGGAAAAUAUAUGGACAAUGAGAAAAGAAAAUCCAGCGAAUAAUUCGUACGAGCUGCGUUUCGCGUUGAAAGCAGUUGGACUCAGUGAUGCUAGAAGUGAUCGCUCUAAUGAAGCUGUAGCUGUUUUCAAAAAACCACGAGCAUAUAUCAAUCAGCAAUGUAGAACGGUGUAUAGAAGGACUAGAAUCGGUAUCUUUCAAAUCGAAAUAUGUUAGGGCUGUAAAGUAGUUUGAAGCAAUAAAAAAAUUACGAAUAUGA